AUGGAAGAUAUAGAUUAUGAUGCAGUUUUAAAAGAGUCAUAUCCAUAUAAGAUAUAUGAAGAAUUGAAUAAACAGGUAAAAAAUGUAGAAAAUGAAGAAAAAUGUAAUGCAUUUAAUGAUAUAGCAUCCCCUCACAAGGAUACAUAUGUUACACUUUGUAAUAAGGUAUCAAAACUUUUAGAUUUUGUAUUUAAAAAGGAUACAUCAGAAAAUUUUAAAGAAUAUUGUUCGCAUUAUAGAAACUGGGUAUAUCAAGAAAUAUGGAAUUUGUUUAAAGAAGGUACGUCAAAUGAUGAUAUCGAAGGUGUUAUUAAUAAAUUUAAUAAAUUACAGAUUGAUCUUUUCACUAAGCACAGGAAACGUAAUUGUUCUUUUGGAUUUGAUAUUAAGAAUUUACAGGGAUUGAAAUAUAAUAUCGAAGAGAAGUAUUUGUAUGAUUAUUUUAAAAACUAUAACACUAUAAAAAGUAGUGAAACUUGCAAUAAAUGUAACAACGGUAAAUAUAGAGAAUACCUUAAAUCUAUUAGUGAUAUAUAUAACAAUGUGAAGGAAUAUUGUUGUUCGUAUGGGACAUCUGUAUGUGAUAAUUAUUUUUUGACGUGUAAAAAUGAGUUUGAUCCGAGUGAACUCUUAUCUGCAUUGCUAUCUAAAGGUAGUGAUAGUUGUAAUGGACUAAAUAGAAUUACAGCAAAUUUUGAUGAGGAAACAUUAAAUUCUAAGGUAUCAGAACCAGAAAUUUUGAGCUCAAUUACUUAUGGUACAUGCUUUAAUCUAAAAAAUGGAAGACUUACAUCAGAUAUAAAGAUACAUCCACAUUGUAGUUUAUUCGCAACAUCUGUGACGUUAACUAGAAGUGUUCCUACAGCUGAAUAUGGUGGAACAAUAGUGACUGAUAGUGGAUCCCAUCCAGGUAGUACGAAUUUAGAGUCUAGGUCAAAUCAAGCAGAAGUAGAUGCAUCACGAAGAGGUCAACCUGAUGCAAAAGGAAAAAAAGGGGAUUUUGGUGAGAGCGCCGUAAAAAUAGAAGCUGUACCUCCUGCGAAAAACGCAGCUGGUCCUAUUAGAUGGAAAUUUGACGAGAGAGGAACACUGCAGUGUCCAUCUAAAAGUAGAAAUAAAUAUGAAGAACUACUUUGCGAGUAUAUGGAUGUAUUAGUUGAAGGAAAUUUUGCUACAAAAAUAGAUAGAACUGGGAAGUACAAAGUUCAUAUUGGAAGAUCAUGGAAUGAAUCCGAUUUAAAACAAUAUCGCGUAGCAGUAAGGAAAAGGAGAUCAGCUAAUGAAUCAAAUAUAUUAAACAACAUUUUUGUUCGUAUUUCUACUGGAGUUACUUUAGUAAUGGGAAUUAUUUUUAUGUUUUACCUUUUUUUUAAAUUUACUCCCUUCGGAUCACGUUUACGUAGACAUAGAAAAAGGAAACAAAGAUAUAGGUUUGAUUUUACUGAUUUAUAUACACGAAAACGACCAAGGCGCUUCUUAAAACGUACUUAUAGACAUUCUGACAGGAGGAGAUUUAAUGUAGUAAAUAUAGAAGAUGAGCUUCAUUCAUCAAAUGAUUUACGGAAUAUCAACUGA